AUGUCUCUUGCAUUGAUCGUAUUGCUCUUCGGGAAUGUGAUCAAGGACAUACUUCCAGACUCUGGCCGUUCUAGGCCCGACGGCAAGGCAUGCGAUCAACACCGCCGUUCCGCGCGCGCCAAGUUUGCUGCCAGGCUCGAAGCUCUGGGUUGCAUCUGCCGCACUCUGAUAGCUCUGGGGCAAGAAUCUUGCUGUCCACCGCCGAAUAGCGUUUCCCGCGGGACUGAGCGUCGCUCGAGGGAAUACAUCCUGCGUUCGACUUUUGACUCUGACCGGGGGAGCAGUACGGGGUCAAUUAACCGCCGCAGCGCAGGUUUGAAGAGGAGAGAAGAUCCUUGUACGGGCGGCUGCUGCAGCACUUCGAAGACUUACGCACCUAAGCCGCACAAUGCUGCUCAGAAAGGGAAACGUGUCGAUACACCUGAGGCGUCCGCAGAUCGUGAAAAGCAGGUGUUUGUUACGAAAGCAGCUUCUAUCGGGACAACAAGUUGCUCAAAGGGGUGUUGUGGUAGACGACAAGUGGCUACUGAGCAGUGUUUGCCUUCUCGACAGGAAUGCUGUAACGAGGUCAGAUGCUCCGCCGAUUGCAGUAGUUCCGCUGUCUUUCCCCAAGGCAAACCCACCGGACUCCAGCCUUGCGCUUCCGGUUGCUGCAAUAAACUCGAGAAGCCUUGUGGCCUUUUACCCGAAGGGAUAGUCAACAUACCAGCCUGCCCAUCUAGCUGUUGCGAUAAAGACGAGACGUCUGCUGAUAUCAGAUGUGGAGAUGAACUCAGUCCCAAUGGUCAGUCAGGCACCUGCUGCAGUAAGCCUCCGUUUGCUGCAUGCGGCGCGGCCAUCAAUAAGUCUACAGACUUCACGCAGCGCAACCCCGGAACCUUUACCAACGAUCCCGAAAAGGGGAUUACCGGAAAAGAGCAUGUCGCUCUGAGCAUAUCUGGUAUGACAUGUACGGGCUGUGAAACCAAGCUUCAGCGCACUUUGGGCACACUGCAGUCAGUUCAGAAUCUCAAGACAAGCUUGCUGCUGUCGCGUGCGGAAUUCGACCUCGAUGUUGGCGUCCAGUCACUCGAUGAAGUGUUGAGGCACUUGGAGAAGACUACCGAAUUCAAGUACGAAAGGGUCACAGACCGUGGGUUGAGCGUGGACAUUAUCGUCCCUAAUGCGUCAGACUUUAUGAAGCAAGACUGGCCUCACGGUGUAACGGAGGUAACACUGAUCGAUGAGGAGACCGUAAACGUCGCUUUUGAUGGAAAGAUAGUCGGGGCAAGAGACUUGCUGGAGCGUGGCUGGGACAGGCCUCUUUGCCUGGCUGCUCCUCGUCCCGACUCACACCUUGCGGCUGGAAACAAGCAUGUGCGCCAAAUGGGAUACAUGACCGUUCUCUCUAUUAUUCUGACGGUGCCCGUCUUGGUCCUUGCUUGGGCUCCUCUCCCAAAGAGGGAAAUUGCAUACGGCUCUGCGUCGUUGGCAUUGGCCACUGUUGUCCAGGUCGUCAUUGCCGGUCCAUUCUAUCCAAAGGCGUUGAAAGCUUUGAUAUUCUCCAAGAUCAUUGAGAUGGAUCUGCUCAUUGUGCUGAGCACAAGCGCUGCUUAUAUUUUUUCAGUAGUCUCAUUUGGAUACCUCGCGGCGGGUCAGCCACUUGCCACCGGUGAAUUCUUCGAGACUAGCACUUUGCUCAUUACACUGAUCAUGAUCGGUCGGUAUGUUGCUGCCCUUGCUCGUCAAAAAGCUGUUGAAUCCAUAUCGCUUCGUUCAAUGCAGACAUCAACCGCCACACUCGUGGAUGAGGCUGGGGCGACUAUAAAAGAGAUCGAUGUCCGGCUACUCCAAUAUGGGGACAUCUUCAAGGUCCCUCCAGACUCCAAGAUCCCAACCGAUGGGACCGUUAUCGCAGGAUUAUCUGAGGUGAAUGAGUCUCUGAUCACCGGAGAGUCAAUCCCAGUAGACAAGUCCCCUGGAUCUUCCAUUGUUGCAGGAUCCGUGAAUGGUUCCGGGUCGCUGAUUGCCCGGUUAACCCGCCUUCCUGCCGACAAUACAAUCUCCGUCAUUUCAAGAAUGGUCGACCAGGCGAAACUGUCAAAGCCAAAGAUACAAGAUAUGGCGGACCGGGUGGCAAGCUAUUUUGUACCCGUUGUCAUCGCUCUGACCAUGGUCACGUUUGCGAUCUGGAUUGCGGUUGGCAUCACAGUGCAAAAGCAAUCCGGCUCUCGAGCUACUGCGGAGGCAAUAACUUAUACCAUUACCGUACUCAUUGUCUCUUGCCCAUGUGCUAUCGGCCUGGCAGUGCCAAUGGUUAUCGUCAUAGCCAGUGGUGUUGCUGCCGAGCGGGGUGUCAUUUUCAAGGCUGCUAAUAGUAUUGAAGUCGCCUACAAAAGUUCCCACGUUAUAUUUGAUAAGACAGGUACCCUCACCCAGGGCCGACUCACUGUUGCAGUUGAGCACAUAGACAGUACGGGGGAUUCAAUGUCCCAGUUGCUUGGUCUUAUUGGGAGCAACAAACACCCGAUUUCCGCUGCCGUGGCUGCCCGCCUGAAAGCGAAAGGCAUAAUAGCGUCAACUGUCAAUGACAUCAAAGUCCUAACAGGCAAGGGUGUCGAAGGAUCGGCCCAGAAUCUCGUUCUGCGCGCAGGAAACUCACGCUGGCUCAACCUCUCCUGUAACCCACAAGUCCAGUCCAUUCUUGAGGGAGGUUACACGGCAUUUUGCUUCACAAUCAACGAAACUCUCGUCGCUGUCUUUGGUCUGGAGGACUCACUCCGCCCCGACGCACUUGAAACCGUCACCAAGCUCCAGGAACGCGGUAUAUCAGUCCACAUCCUCUCAGGCGACGACCAGGGUCCCGUAUCCUCAAUUGCACGACAACUCGGUAUCACAGAUCAAAACAUCCGCUCCCGCUGCACCCCAUCCGACAAGCAAGCCUACAUCCAAGCCCUUAAUCUCAGCACAACCCCCAACCAAGCAACACGCAAGAACCACCCCGUAACAAUCUUCAUCGGCGACGGCACAAACGACGCUGUCGCCCUCGCAGCCGCCACAAUUGGCGUGCACAUGAACCAAGAAACCGGCAGCGAGAUUGCCAAAUCUGCCGCCGACGCCGUGCUCAUGCGGCCACACCUGCUCGGUAUCCUCACAAUGCUGAAUAUCAGCGAGAAGGCCGUCCGCCGCAUCAAGUUCAAUUUCGCCUGGAGCUUCGUGUAUAAUCUCUUCGCGGUCCUGCUUGGGGCUGGGGCGUUUAAGGCUGUGGGUGCGCGAAUCCCGCCGCAGUAUGCGGGGCUGGGCGAGCUGGUUAGCGUUUUGCCUGUUGUUGUUGCGGCGGUGCUGUUGAGGUGGGCUAGGAUAUAA